AUGGAACCCAAACAACAGAGGUCUAAUCUGGAGAGAAUCAAGGUACCACAAUUUUCUGGAAACAUUAAAAAUUAUCGAACAUGGAAAAGAAUUUUCGAGGACACUAUGAAGAGAAAUUAUGAAAAUGAAGGAAGUCAACUUGCAAGAUUGAUUGAAGCUAUCCAACCCCCCCCCCCCCUGAGAUAUGAAAUUGAAUGUUUUACUACAACUAAAGCGAUACGGGAAUUUCUCGACAAGUUAUUUGGAGACGACAAAGAGUUGAUUAAAAUUUUAAUGAAUGAUAUCAAAACAAUGAAACCCUUGAAGGUCAAAGAUGCAAAGUCGAUUCGGAAUUUGGUCGCAACAGUUCGUGGGUUUAUUCUCAGAAUGGAGGAUGUUGGAGCAUCUGACGAAGCCAAAAGUAGAUAUGUGUUUGCUGAUAUUCUGGCGAAAUUGACGGUAGAAGAUCAAAGAGCUUACGCACGGAGUAUGAUUGAUACAAAGAAGAUUGAAAGCCUGCAUACCUUGUUGGAAUACCUAGAAGAAGAGGCAAAAAUAAUGGCAAGUAGUCAAUCGGAUCAACGCUCUUCAAAAAUUGGGAUUUAUCCAGUUAAUGUGGACGGUGGUUACAAUGGUGCCCCUGGUUGUGGUUUGGGUUGUUCCCAACAACAUGGUUUAGGUUAUUGUCCAGCAUUUAAGAAGAUGAAAGUGAAGGAAAAGUGGGAAGUGGUGAUUCAGUCCAAGAGAUGUAAAAAAUGUCUGCGAACUGGACACCGACACCAACAGUGUUCGCGAAAGGCAUGUGAUAUCAAAAGUUGUGGAAGACCACAUCAUUACCUAUUGCAUAAAGAUCCAAAACAAGUGGACAAUGGCAAUCUGAACCCUGAUGCACAACCAUUCCAACCAGAUCAGGAGGAAGCUACAGGCACGGGAAAGUCCAAUCAGAUUGGUGCUAUUUCAGCUGGUAAUGCAGGAACUGCAAAUGUACCAACUCAAAAGGUCAAAGUGCACAGUGCCAAUGGGAACUCUAUUGAGGGACUUGCCAUGGUUGAUAGUGGUUCUAAUAAGAGUCUCAUUCGGAAAAAGUUUGCGGACAAGCUCGGUUUGGUCGGAGAAUCAAAAAAGAUGAAGAUGUAUGUUGCAGGCGGUGGAAUUAGAGUUAAAGAUUCUGCUGAGUUUGAUUUAAAGAUAUCGCCCUGUUAUGAUGAAGAUAUUGUAUUCAAUGUGAGAGCUUAUUCAGUCAAGCAACCGUGCUAAGCAGCCAAAACUAUUUCAAAGAAAGCGGUAGUCAGAUUUCCUCACCUUGUUCGAAUUGUAGAAGAUCUACAUUUAAAUGGCGGUCCAGUGCACAUUCUAUUGGGAACAGAUCUACCGGAAGCCCAUCGUGAUUUUAAAGUUCUGGCGGGUAACCCUGGUGAACCGAUUGCAAAGAAGAACAUCUUUGGUUGGUCAGUUCUUGGUAAUCUUGAAGAGAAUAGUACACCUGGAAUUUUUGCUGUCGAAACCAUUGGCGACAUAACAAAGGACCAGGACAUAAAGAAAUUAACUUUCCAAGAUCAAUUAAGAAUCAAACCAACUGGUUACUGUAUAUGCUCUGAGAAAGAAAUGCGAGAAUGUGCAUUCAUUCGACAUGUUCGGGAGUCUACUAGAGUUUUGGAUGAUUGUAGAAUUGAAGUAAGAAUGCCUUGGAAACCAGAACAUACCAAUCUACCUAACAACCGGUCUGUCGCGUUCGAACGAAUGGUGUCGAAAGAAAGGCAGCUGGUAAAGAAAGGAAAGUUGGAGGCGUUUAACAAGGAAGUAAAAGCUUUGGUUGACAGAGAAGUGGUCAUUAAGCUGAAACAAGAGAAGGUAAACCCAGAGGAGCUGGCUUGGUCUCUACCGAUUGGAGAAGUGGAAAGUCGGGCGGCCAUAGGCGUACGGGCACAUUAUUUUUUGGUGGGGGGCUGGGCUGAAUUUGUCCGAAUGACAUGA